AGGUUCAUGGCAUAAGAAGGAUGCUCCUAGCAAUAACUUUGUGAACCAACAAAAGAGGUGAUGUCGUCUUCAGAGAACAACAGCUAUAUACCGAAUCAGCCGGCUGCUAAAGCUGAACCUUAUGCUACUCCUCAAAAUAUACCUGACGAACUGCUAUCCAAGUUAAGUGAGCCUGUAAAGACAGAGAUAGUUCGUUGGGACGAUGGCAGAUUCAGAGAGAUAGACGAACUGAGGAACCGAGCCCUGCAGAUGGAGAAGACUAUGAAGUGGUGGAGUGACUGUACAGCAAAUUGGAGAGAGAAGUGGGGCAAGGUCAGGGCAGAAAGAAACAAAGCUCGAGAACAGUGCAAGCAUCUUCAGAGUAAAGUUGAGACACUUCUCAAGGAGUGCUCUUCUCUUAGGCUAGAUAAAGAGGAGAUAAGAGCGGACUACACUCGUGCAAUAGAGGAGCUAGCUUUGGUAAAGGGGGUUCCCUUAUCAUCUAUAGAAUCUAAAAGAAGGUCCAGAGCCUCCAAUGAUCAUAUCGAUAUUGACUCAAGUAAGUCUUCAAGUUACGCCCCCUCUGACGAACAAGGCUCGGAACCGUCUCUGAAGUCGGAGCUGCACUUUAUAGAGGACGUGUUGAAGAGUACAGAACACCACUACGGGGAAAGCAGAGCUCAGUCAGUGUGCAGUGAUGCUCUUCCGGUCAGGGACACCAGGGGACACAUUACUGGCUGGAAAAACGAUGAUAGAGUAGACAGGAGAAUGUCUCAGCCCGGCACCAGGAUGGAACAAGAGGAUCGGCUGGGAGGGGUGGACCUGUCCAAACUGAAGCAACUGCUGGAGGAGACUCAACGUCAUCUUCACGAGGAGAGAAAUUCGAAGAUAGCACUAAGCCAGUCAGCUGAGCUAUACAACAAAGAGAACUCAGUGCUGAAGAAGAAAAUGGAGGAGUAUAAACGGCAGAGGACUGAAGCACUAGAAGAGGUGUCUAGGAUACAGCUUGAAUCAGGAGACAAACUAGCUCGGCUGAGCCUGGAAAUAGAGGGUGAAAACGAGAGCCACGCAGAAUCGGACCGCAAAAUCAAGGACAUGCGAGCUGACGUAUUCGUUAAGGCACGCGUCUUCACGACCCUCAAAGUCGGACUGUUGUAUCAUCUGCAUAUCUUCCCAAAGAUACAACGCCUGCAAGCCGAGAACGCUACAGAGUGGGCCAAACGAGAACGGAUAGAGACAGAAAAAAGUUCACUGGAGCGAGAAAACAAGAAUCUUAAACUACAAAUUCAGGAAGCUGAAGAAACGAUCGCUCGGAGGAACACGAACCCGUUGGCGUCCCCAGAAUACAAAACCUUGCAAGCUGACAUCUACGAAAGGAACAAGGAGCUGGAGAUGCUAAAAACUGCUCACACCCGAGUUAAGAAGCAGCUGUCUGAAAAGACGGGAGAGUUGGAUCACUGCCAGAAGAGGUUGGAGGUAAUAGAGGACGAGGUUUACAACUUGAGGAAGAGGGUCGAGGAUCUCAAAAAGGAACUCGCUCAGCGGGAAGAUGAGGUGGAUAUGCGGAAUAAUCAGAUACGGAAGCUGCAAAGAACAUCAGAUGAACUAAGCGAACACAACGACACCCUUCAGACUCAGCUUAACACUUUGGAGUCCAGACUUAGACAGAGAACUGAUGCAAUGUUUAAUCCCGCACAGAGAAGACAGCUAGCUGCUGAUGUGUCUGACGAGGAAUUUGACGAAGAGUGAUAUUUGCGGUUACCGUAGUUAAAUUACGUCGAAUUGAGCUCUUUUAAAUUAAUGUUGUGAUUGCAGACGUUUUGUGUCGAACUUUGGUCCUAUUCCUAAUAGUUAUGAUAAAGAAACGGGGACUGUGUCAAGAUUUGGGAAACUUCUUUAAUUUGGGCUUUCGGUACGCAUAAAAAACUGUGCUUUUCUGAAUCGGUUAUAUAGCAGUUAAAACCACCUUCCGGCUGGAACUUCGUGAAAUCCGAAAUAUUGAAUCCUGAUCACAGGACACAGAUAUCAAUAAUUUGUUAAUACAGUACAGCAUUGACUUUAUGAAUACUGUUUUAAUCAUGAUGAAUAAUGAAUAUUCCACUUAACUAAACUUGAAUUAUAAUACUUAAGUUUGAUGAAUGAAUUUGUAGAUUCAUUGCAAUUUAUGAAUUUUGUUAUGCAUGUACGUUAAGUUCUUAGGCGGUCAUUAUAUGAUUAAGAUUGGAUUUGAAAAAACACUCUAAGUUACAGUGACACUUUGAUUAUGACAAGCGGGUGCGGUAUUUUAACUUUUUUGAUAUUUAAAACUAUUAAUGAUUUAUUAUAAUAUGUUAAUGUUAUAUAGAUUCGAUAAUUUUACCUUAUUUUGUAUAAUAUUAAAUCAAUAUUUAGUUUUAAAAAAUUCAAAAGGGUGUCACGUAUUUCAUUUUAGGACGGUCGUCACAUUAUUAAUUGAAUAACCUGAUUUUUUGAAAAUUUAAUUUUCAAUUCUUGUAUAUGUUUCGCAUGUUUUAAUUUUGCUUUA